AUGAGUGGUAAGUCAACUGUUGUUGGUGCACUAGCCUGUCAAAGAGAUUCUUUCAAAUUCAAUGAUUUUAAAACUGCAGUGGUGUCCUGUUACGAACAAUCUAAGAAGCCGGCCAGUAAGAAAAAAGGUAAAGCUGCUGAAGAAGUUGAAUUACCUGUAUAUCUUAUAGAAUUGAAGGAUUCCAUUCUCUUUCCAGAAGGUGGUGGUCAACCUAGUGAUACAGGUAUUCUAAGUUAUGAAGUCAAUGAUGAGACGAUCGAAGUACCUGUUUUCUAUGUGUCCCGUGAUGGAUUGUAUGCUAAGCAUCAUGUAAAUCAGCCUAUUGAAGUUGGUACCCAAGUUACUAUUGAAGUCAACAAAGAUAGAAGACUAGAUUUGAUGCAACAACAUACAGGCCAGCAUCUAUUAAGUGCAAUCCUAGAACAGAAAUAUCGAUUAGAGACAGUUUCAUGGUCUAUGUCGGUGCCAACUGAUAUCGAUUCUGAUGGAGAUCUCAACGAUUAUUUGAAUUUUGUUGAAUUGACUAGAAAAUUAACCGAGAAAGAGAUUGAUUAUUUAAAUGAUGAAAUUAAUCAAUACAUAAUUUUAAUUCCACAACCUAUUAAAGUAGAAGAAACAAAAUUAAAAGAAUUGGAUUCAUCAAGUAAGAUUCCCGAUGAUUAUGAUUUCGCUAAUGGAGGUAUUGUAAGAACCAUUCACAUUGGUUCAUUGGAUUCUAAUCAAUGCUGUGGAACUCAUCUUUCAAAUACCUCUCAAUUAGGUUCAAUAAUGGUGAUUAAAUCUCAAACCACAGUGCGGUCUAUUAACUCCAGAUUAUAUUUCACGUGUGGGUCUCGUGUCUAUAAAUAUGGUAGUGAAGCCAAUAACUUAUUAACUGUUACUAAGCAAAUAUUGAGUAGUUCAGAUACACAAAUCCCUGAAAAGACGCAACAAUUAAGUUCACAACUUUCCAAUAAGUCUAAGAGUGAACGAUAUUGGAUGAUGGAGACCGCGGUAAACGAUUCAAAUGAAAUCAUGGCAAAAUUUCAAAAUGGAUCGUUAUCUUCAUCAGGCAUUAAUAAUAUUUCUUUGUUUAGAGAAGAUUACUGUACUCAGGAAUAUUUAUCACGUAUCCACAAAGAAUUAACUAAUAGGUUGUUGAAGGACAAAACUUCGUAUGUUAUUGUAAUAGGCGGAUUUGAUAAGAAGACCCAGGUUGCAUCCUUAAUGGUACUAUCAGAUUCUGGUGACACUAUUCAAGAGACUGUCAACAUAUUUAAUGAGGCGUUGCCUAAUAUUAAAGGCGGUGGUGGUAGCAAGGGUGGUAAAUGGCAAGGUAAAGCCACCAAUAUAAGUGUCAACAAUUGGAAAUCAUUAACUGAAUCAUUUAUACAAGAAUAA